CUUUUGACGUGAGAAGAAUUUCGCAGAGAUCUCACAUUUUGUUCACAGUUUGAUAUCUUGUUCGUCGUCGUUGUCGUGUGUCGCCUGGUCAUGUUGCUGUUCUCCUCCCUUUUUAGGAGGUCUACUCUACUUGUCCUCAGCCCACAGAUGCACCAAUUCUCCACCUCCCCCAUGUGCGCCCUCAAACAAAUUUUGCGUCGCGAGGAAGGGAAUGCAAUUAUUGUUGAAGGUCAGUACAUAGCAUCACCUCGAGCAAAUCGCCUCCUCCCUCAAACGACCACACUGAACAACGAUCCGUGCUCGUGCUCUCUUUGCAAACUUGGACUUCACAUCAAGCACACUGAUGUAUUGGUGCUUCAUCAGUUCGUUGACACGAAAGGGAAAAUUAUUCCACGAAAUGUGACGGGUUUGUGCAAGCUUCAACACCGACGGAUGGAUUAUCUUUUAGUCAUGGCUGAGAAAGCAGGUCUCAUGAAGGUAAAGAACAAGGAGGGCGAGACAAGGGAAUUAGUCGGUUGGGAAACCCUUAACAAGUACUAUGACGAGGAGGCCAUUGAAGAAUUCCUCUACUACAAGACAAGGAGAAGUAGAGCAUAAAAAGGAUACAAUAGUUCUAAUAGUUACAUAGUAGCAUUUGCAUCUUAUGUAUUAAUCUUAUACAAUAAGUUUAAUUAAACUAUCUCUUCUGUAAUCUUAAAAUGAGAUGAAUGGGAUCGUUUUACCUUGAAAUUAUAUAAAAUUUUCUGAUAUGAAA